AUGCAGUUGCCACUGUUGCUGGUCACUCUGCUUGCAGCACUCGCAAUCACAAUCCAGGCGGCAACACUGCCCGACUCUUCCGUCUGGACCAACACCAACUACCUCAAGCAGAUCGACCUUGCCGGUUCCACAUCGCACGCCCUCACCACGCUCACCAUCAAACCCAAAUCCGCCUCUUCCGCCGAGACUCUGCCGUAUUAUUUCCUGCUGAGCGCUCAAGAGGCAGAGCAGUUGUCAUGGAGCCGACUGACAGUCAAACCGGCACUCGAUUCGGUGCUUGCGUCUACAUCUGAGCUCAAAGGAGGUGCACGACCCGUGCUCGCGCUCGAACCGCAGGGCGCAGUGGACGGCGAUGCCAAUAAAAGUUUCCUGUACAAAGCUGAGAUUCCUACCGAUGUUCUCGGUGCAGACGGGGCUUCUUUGACGCUCGAGACCACGCUCAGCCACGUUACCGUGCCACUGCCGAGCACCGUCAAGCAGACCGAACCGCAGCUCUUCCUCUGGACGGGAGACGCUGCCAUUCGCUCACCUUACACGACAGUCAGUGGGAAAAUCAAAGUGAAAGCAGCUUCUCCCAAGAUCGUCGAAUUCACCCCGCAGGACGCUACCAAGUCUGGGUCGAUCGUCACCUUCGGACCAUUCUCCAAUGUUGCCCCUCUCGCUACCGCACAAGAGUUGCAGAAAGCCACAGUGCAUUUCCAGGCGGACACCCCACGAGCGACUAUUGUUUCGCUCGACCGAACCGCCGAGAUCAGCCACUGGGGCGACGCACUCUCCAUCACCGACCGCAUCCUCCUGCGCAACUCGGGUCCCUCGCUCAAAGGCCAUUUCUCGCGCAUCGAGCACCAGAUGGCCUCCUUCUACAACCGCGGCUCUGGCUCUGCGCUCUCCUCGCUCACCUUCACUCUGCCCGCAGGCGUAAAAGACCCGUGGUUCAUAGAUCAGAUCGGUAACGUGUCCACCUCGCGAUUCCGAGGCUCCGCCCCCGACCCUGCGCUUGUCUCGGCCUCUACCGGACUCCCCUCGGCGUCCGCCAAACUCUCGCUGCUGGAGCUGCAGCCGCGCUUCCCGCUGCUCGGCGGCUGGAACUACACGUUCAGCAUCGGCUACACUCUGCCCCUCAGCGCCGGCGGCUGGACCAAGCGCCUCUUUGGCUCGUCCGACUACGUCACCGCCGUCCCGCUCUUCACCCCGCUCAAAGACGUGGCUGUCAACGCGCUGUCCACGACGAUUGUGCUUCCGGAGGGCGCAACGAGGGUACAGGUCGAGCUGCCGUUCGAGAUGGACGGCGUCGAGAACGGCGUGACCAAGACAUACCUCGAUACGGUGGGCAGGCCGGCGGUUCGGGUGGAGAGGAGGAACUGCUCGCCCCAGCAUGCGCAGUUGGUCUAUGUCAAGUACACCUUGACGCACCGCGCGAAUCUGAUCAAGGUGGGUGCGGUUGCGGCGGUGACGGCGCUCUUGUUGGCCGCUACGGCGGUUGUGCAGAGGGUCGAGACUAAGAUUCGUUAG